AUGGCAUUGCAGGUGUUUUCCGUUUUGGCAGCCAUCGUAUUAGCGGCAAAUGCCCAACUGUACCUGGGCGAAGAAGAAGAAUCGGACUUGGAGUCUGCUGCAGUCGUAGGUGUCCCCUUCGUAGGCGGCCAAGGAUUAGGAGGUGUCGGAGCAGGUGGUCUCGGAGGUGGCGGAGCUGGAGGUCUCUACGGUCUCCAUAAGGGCGCCUUCGGCAAGGGAGCCUACGGUGGAUUAGGACACAUUGCUCACGGUUCUGCAGGCUUUGGAGGAGCAGGAAAAGGUGGAUUCGCUGGCCACGGAGCUCAUGGAGGUUACGGAGCUGGAGCCGGUUACGGAGGAUUAGCUGGCCAGAAGGGAGCCUACGCUGACAAAUUCGCUGGUAGUCACACUACAGCCUUGGGCAAGGAGAAGACCUUCGUACUCAACCAAGAUUACGGCACUGGAGCUAAGGGAGCCUACGGAAUCGGUUUCGGUGCCGCCGGUGCCCACAAAGUUGGUGGUGCUUACGGUGGUUACGGUGGUGCCGCCGGAGGUGCUGCAGGCUUGUACGGCGCUGGAAAGGGUGGCGGAUAUGCCGGAUACGGAAAGGGAGGCGUUCACUCCAUCGGCCACGAUUUGGGUGUCUAUGGCAAGUACCUUGGAGGUGCUGGCCACGGUGGUUAUGGUGGUGUUGGUCACGGUGGUCUUGGAGGAGCCGGAUACCCAUUCGCCGGCUAA